CCCUUCUCCAUGCCCCGCCCACUCGCCCUCGCCCUCCUUUUCCUCCUCACCGCCCUCCCGUCCGCGUCCGCCCAAACCGUGACCGUGACUGCGUCCGCCCCGCCGCCGAGCAUCGCGCCGUACAUCUGCCGCGACACGGACGCGGAGCAGAUCGGCCCGAGCGUCGCGCUCGCGCUCGCCUCCGCGGUCGGGCUCGGGCUCGUGCUCGUGACCGCCUUCUGCUUCGUGGGCAAGGGCCGCAAGCUGCGCGCCGCGGCGAAGCAGGCCGCCGAGCUCCGCGUGGAGGCCGCGGGGCUCCGCGCGCAGCUGCAGCGCGAGCCAGACGGCGGCCGGAGGUGA